CUCUCUCCUCCAUAUUUCUCUCCCUCCCUUCUCAUUUCUUACACACCCCAACAUUUUUUCUCUCUCUUUUCUCUAUCUUCUCUAUCUUCUCCCUCUCAUCUCUUCUCCAACCCCAAUCCCUCAAACAAUAUCGGAUCUUCUACUCCGGCAGCAUGGAUGACUCCGGCAACGUGCGACUACGGCAACAUGGUGCUACUACGGCGACGUGGUUCCACUCCGGCGACGUGGUGCGACUCCGGCGAAGUGGUGCGAAUCCUUUCUCCGGUAAGUAUCUUCCAUCUAUUCUUUCUCUUCAACCUUUCGUCCUCCUCUUUUCUACUUUUCUUCUUCUUCACACUAGUGGAAAAAGGCCAAACAGAGGCGCUUCAUUUGAGGCGCUUUUACAUAAAAACGCCUCCCAUUUCCGAAAUUAUUUUUUUUGUUAUUUUUUAAUCAGCCGUGCGGCACUUCUAGAGAAUAAGCGCCUCCGAAAUGAAUUUUAGAUAUAUGUACUUCUAUUUACGAUUUUGUAACAGCGUGCGGCGCUUUUUAGAUGAUAACCGCCUGCAACUAUUAAACAGAUUUUUUUUAAUUUGAAAACCCAGAUGUGUGCGGCGCUUUAGUAAAGCAAGGGCUUGUAAAACAAAUUGAUUUAAAAUCUGAAAUGUGCGGUGCUGGUUGAGAUAAGGCUAUCCAAAACUAACAUCUAGGUCUAAACAAUCGGCCCCUGCCGCAGCCGAGUGCUCUUUCAUCUCCGCUUUGCGGCCGACUCCUCGACUAUCUCCGUCCCUCCGCCGCCUGCUCGAUUGUCGCCAUUCCUUCGCCGCCUGCUCGAUUGUCGCCAUUCCUCCGCCGCCUGAUGGAUUAUCGCCGUCCCGCCAACGCCUUAUCGACUAUCUCUGUCCCGCCUCCGUCUGCUCGACUAUUGCCCUCCCGCCUCCGUCUGCUCGACUAUCUCCGUCCCGCCUCCGUCUGCUCGACUAUCUCCGUCCCGCCUCCGUUGGCAUUGGUUUUCAAACUUGCUUGAGAUAAAGAAAGAAAUUUUCUUAGUGGAAGCUGCGAAAAUAAGCAACCACGGCAUCUCGGUCUGAUUCACCAUGGCAUCACAGGUUUAGAGUCUCAAGCAGAGGAUCAUAUGCACCGGAAGAAUUCAAUGAUACAUGUAGAAUAUCUAGUUUAGAAUUUCUAAUUUACAUUUUUUUAGAUGUAAUGUAUAUGUGUUAAUUCCAUUGUGUUCUGAGCAGUAUUGUGAGUUAACAUUAACAUUAAAAAUUUGGUUUUAUUUCUUGCAGUUUUGUAGUGAGAACAAAAUUGUGUAUUCUAUUUUGAUACAUUUGAAUGAAUGAAUAUUUGAUGUUUGUAUUGA